AUGCCUUUUUCAUCAUAUGAAUCAUCAACUAGUGGACGUAUUCAUAAUGAUAAUACUACUAGUCGAUUUGAUCGAAAUAAAUAUAAAGUUAGUUAUCCAAAUGCUUCGGAAUAUACGGCUGAUAAAUAUAGUUCAUAUGGAACUACAGCAGUAGCUCGUGAGUUCAUUGAUGAUACGGUGAUUCAUACAAGUAGUUUAGAAGAAACAAAUGCAUAUCUUGAAAGAUCAACUAAUAAUAUUUAUAAGGAUCCUAAUCCACAAAUUAUUCGACGAGCAACAACUGAACGUCCAGAAACAUAUGAAGAACGAAUUCUUGUUAAAUAUCUUCAACCACCAGCUGUUCCACCGCCAGGCCCAUUCAUUAUUAAAGAAGUGCGCCCAGCACAACCACCAGCACCUUCACCACUUAUCAUACGCAAACAUGCAUCACCUCCUCCUUCACCACCUCCACUUAUCUUACAUGAACGGCCACCAACACCACCGGCAUGUGCUUCCAGUGAGACAGUUACUCGUUGUUUACCUCCUAUACCUGUUUCACCACGAUCAGUUGUCAUCGAACGUUUUCCACCUCUUCCAGAAAAACCACGCGAUAUUAUAAUUGAACGAUGGUUUCCCUAUGGACCUCAAUCUCAACGUCGCACAAUUGUUAAACCUGCUCCUGCUGCUAAAGUAUAUCCAGAACCGCGUAAUACAGUUGUUGUUUAUGAUGCUGUUGAAGCACGUACAGUCCAAAAAUUUGAAAACCUUGGUGUUAUUCAAGAAAAUCCUGCCGAUUAUGUAGCUCGUUAUGGUUCAUCACUUUUAGAUUCAGCGACACUUACUCAUCAGGCUCUUUGUGUUGGUGUUAAUGAAGAUAUAGUCAACUCUUUUUCCAAAAAAUAUCCUCAAGAAGAAAAAUAUCCUCAAGAAGAAAAAUAUACCACGUUAGUGUUAUUUUUAAACGAGCUCUUUCCAUUGUAUCAUACCAUAGAUUAGGGUGUGAGUGUGGCAAGGGGGAAAAAGCGGAUUGUGGUAUCCCGAUAUCCUGUGUAUCCCCGAUGUAUCCUGUGUAUUCCCGAUGUAUCCUGUGUAUCCUCAAUGUAUCCUGUGUAUCCCCGAUAUAUCUUCUGUAUCCCCGUUGUAUCCUACGUAUCCUGACCGUAUCCCGGAUACGCGAAUCCGCGAAAAAUCUAUGUAUCCGAAAUGCGCCGAUGACACGUCAGGGAUACAGAGGAUAAAGGCGAUAUAUUGCGAAUAUAGGAAAUUCCUGGAGCCGAUUUUCUCCCAAGCUGAGAAAAAUGAAAAACUGAGUUUUCUGCAAGGGGGAAACAUCGAACUUCUGUACGUUACAUACUUUCCGUACUUUAAUCUACUCUAAAGUACUUUGACGUACAUUUCCAGACAGAUAUCUGGAAUCUCAGAGAGGUCUCUAUGGUGCAACAGUGACGAUAACCGUAGGUACGGAUACCGAUUCAAACGCAUUGGCAAGAAAAACACCAUUUUA